UCUCAUCUGGUCUCCAUUACGACUGGGAGUAUAAAACUGCUGCACUGAGAGAGAGAGCUCCACAGAGCCGACAAUCUCUUAACACACUAACCCCACACACUCGUGCAGCUAUUGCCAUGGUGCUGUGGGUCUUUUUGCUCUGUCUGCAGGGAUGUCUGCUCACACAUGCUCUGAACUGCAUGGGCAGGAGUGUGGACUGUGUCAACACACAGGUUACAGAGGUCAAGGUUAAAGAUGAGCCCUUAUCUUCUCUGAUGAGGGCUCGAAGACAAGCUCAACUCACUCAGCAGCCAGGAACUUAUUCAGUCAAAGGAUCUCCUAACACACUCAUCCAGACUGACAGGUCGAUACGACAUUUGACUGCUAGUAAAAAAAAGCCCCACAGAUCUCGCAUCGGCUCUUACUCACUUCUUUCCCAUAACCAUGCAACCAACCCACUGCAGGUCGUAAGUGUUCAUAGACACUUUGAGGGCGUGUCCCAUCCCAAAGUAGCUGCAUUAAAGUCUGUGAAGAAGAGAUCCAGAAGAAGUGCACCCAAGAGAAAGAAGAACUCAAGGAAUAACACAUGCUCAUGAGCGGUUCUUUGAAGCACUUAAGCUGUAUUUCCUAUUAACGGCUCAUUUACUUAAAGAGUACCAUGAGAUCACACAGAUUCUGUGCAGAUAAUGUGAUCACAAUUAAUGACAAUAAUUGGACAGUCCCGCAUUUAAUUAUCUAAAAUAAACAAAAAUUACUUAAAUAUAAACAUAUAUACAGCAUAAUAAGCUUUGAAAUCGGCAUAAUACUCAUUCAGAAGAAAGAUUUGAUUAAUUAUCUUUUGCUAAUAUGAUUCUGAACAAUGUUGUUCUAAGUUAUACUGUAUCAGUCUCUAUACACUGCUUGAACAAUAUAUCUAAAAAUCUUUUGUAGAUUUAUAAUUAAAUAAACUUUCAUUUGAA